AUGUUGCAAGAUCUACCCAUCGAGGUCAUCCAACAGAUCGUCGGAUACUUGCCCACCGCGUCAUCGAUAGUCAAUCUCUCGUUAACAAACCACAAGCUCCACGACAUAGUCUCAGCGGAUGACUAUGCAGUCUUUCGAGCAUUUGUCCGACGAGCAUUUCCAUCCAUCAGAACACCACCAUAUUGGCGUGAUGUUGCUCGAGUCCUGACCUCGCGAUCCAGGGCGUGGGAUCGUCGAGCAUUUAUAACCAGAGAAUGUUGCCCGCCGCCCGACAACAUCGACUUUCCUGAAGGGUAUCAUCAGGGAUACACAGUUGGAUACCAUCCAGUGAUUGACAGCUACGAGGAUUGGCAGGGAGGCUCAUGGUCCUGCCGGAAGGAAGUUUUGGCGUGGGGGGCGGCGGGCAGAUUGAGAACGCGGACGAUCAAAGAUGGAGUCACGACAUGGAGUUCCUUAAGGAUCCCAGAAGACCACCGACAAGAUCUUGACAUUCUCGACGUCCGGCUCUUACUGACCCACCAGCACGACAACAAUGACCAUGAAUCUAUUAUCUUGAGGAGGGCUAAUCGAGAGGUGGUCAAGGUGGAAACAUCACCUAAACCCGACCACUUCACCCAGUCGGCACGGUAUAUCGGGCAAUCCGAUGACUUGUCUUGUAUGGACGUUACAAAGGGAUCUCAGCCAUUUCUCGCAACGCUCGGCAACGAUUCUAUCCACCUAUAUCCCGUCCACAGCUCUGAGCACAACGUUCGCGCAAUCGACAUUGUGCCACUCGCACCAAAACAGAACCAUCUUGUUCGAAAACGAAUGCGAUGUGCCAAGUUUUUGUCUGACACCACGCUGGCCGUGGGGAUACAGUUCCUCCAAGGACGCGAUCGGGCCCCGAUCAACAUUUACCACAUCACACCGACUGGUCUAUCAACCACACCAUUGACUGAAACAAUGUCCUUUUCAGAAUCAAUCCACUCCACCCUCCCAGGAAGACAUAGCGCCAACGUCAUCGCCCCUCUCGAUGACUUCGGGAUGACUUCCAGGCGACCAGGUCAGAUGUUUCUAUCAGGCUGGACGGACGGCAUCGCCCGACUCCACGACACACGGGUCCCAGGCGCCACAGUCACAGAAUAUAUAGACUAUGUGGACGACGGCCAAAUCCUUUCACUUUUGCCGAUAGGUCGAGAACGGUUCCUGGCCGGAAGUUCGCAAAACGGCUGUCUCAAGACCUUUGACAUCCGCAUGUCAGGUCGCGCCUAUUCUUACCUCCACGCUCGUCGUGCAGAUGAUGGACCAUCUUCUUCUUCGCCGAAACACGCCCGCGAUUUCAACAUCUUCUUGACCCCCGCAAUCAAUCACCACGAACCACUCUGGCAACCACUGUCGCGACGGCCCGGUCGUCGAUUCAAUCGUUACCGCGGCUCAGUCUACUCGCUCAGCAGUCCGUCGUCCCUGUCCCCGACUGUCUAUGCCGGAAUUGAAAAUCACGUCCUGCAACUCGACUUCGUGUCGACCGACGACUACAGAAGCGACAUUCCAGGUCUCGUUGAUCCGUCGUUGGGACUGCACGACAAGACGAAUCAGAAUCAGAAUCACGUGUUUAACUUUUCGUGCUACGAGCGGCCACGUCCCGGACGGGAAACCACUGAUCCCGUCUUGUUGAGAAAACAGCUGAAUCUGACGUUUGACAACAGGAGGGACAGCGUGACGACAAACCGGAGAGAUAGCAACAGUGGCGCCGGAGGAGGAGGCCAUGGAACAGCAGAACAGGGAUGGGACGAGCGGUGGCGGUUAGAGACGUAUGAUCGGACACGGGGGAGGAAUCGAGGUGACUGGGGUUCCGCACGAGAACGAGAUCAAUGA